AUGCAGGGGUUGUUACAAGAUGCAUUAGGAGUUCUAAAUCGGGACCUAGAUAUGGGAGAAAGAUUAGAAACAGAACAGCCGAAUAUUGAUGCAGAAAAAUUCUACAAUUUAAUAAAUGAUUCGAAGCAGCCUCUUUAUCCAAAUUGCCCGCAAUUCUCUAAACUAUCUUUUCUGGUCCGUUUGUUACAUAUUAAAUGUCUCAGCAAAAUGCCCGAUUCUGUAUUUAAUACACUUCUUGAUUUGUUGAGGCAAGCACUCCCAGAAGGUGUAAAUCUACCCAAUUCUUAUUAUGAAGCAAAAAAAAUAAUGAAAGAACUAGGACUUGGAUACAAAAAAUAUGAUGCAUGUCCUAAUGAUUGCACAUUGUAUUGGGGAAAAGAUGAAUCAAAGAUAAAAUGUGACACUUGUAAGCAUCUACGGUGGGAAGGAACAAAGGAUGAUCCUACUGGUGAAAAAAGAAAGGUUCCCCACAAGGUUUUGUGGCACUUUCCGCUUAAACCCAGAUUACAGCGUCUGUUCAUGUCAUCUAAAACAGCAUCUUUCAUGAAAUGGCAUGUCGAUGGUCGUACUAAGGAUGGUCGCAUGAGACAUCCUGCAGAUACUCCAGUUUGGCAAUCAUUUGAUUACCAAAAUCCCGAAUUUGCAAAAGAUCCUCGUAAUGUCAGAUUGGGUUUAGCUUCUGAUGGAUUUAAUCCAUUUAAAAAUAUGAAUGUGAACCAUAGUACAUGGCCGGUAGUACUGAUACCUUAUAAUUUGCCACCAUGGAUGUGCAUGAAACAGCCAUACUUUAUGCUGUCACUACUCAUUCCUGGCCCAUAUGCACCUGGGAAUAACAUUGAUGUUUACCUUCAACCUCUUAUAGCUGAGUUGAAGGAAUUGUGGGAUAUAGGUGUGACCACUUAUGAUGCAUCAUCAAAGGAAAAUUUUCAGAUGCAUGCUGCUUUACUUUGGACCAUUAGUGAUUUUCCUGGUUAUGCUAAUUUAUCUGGUUGGAGUACUAAAGGUUAUUUAGCAUGUCUAGUAUGUCAUAAGCACACCGUUUCACACCAUUUAAGACAUGGUUCAAAACAAUGUUACAUGGGUCAUCGGCGAUUUCUGGAAAAUGAGCAUCCAUAUCGAAAAGAUAAACGUCACUUUGAUGGAAAGGAAGAACAUGGAGUUGCACCACCUCGCUUGACAGAAACAAAGCAUUUUUUUGACUUGCCAUAUUGGAAGAACAAUUUGUUACGUCAUUGUCUUGAUGUCAUGCAUAUUGAAAAAAAUGUAUGUGAGACUAUAGUUAGAACAUUAUUGAAUGUGGAUGGCAAGUAUGAUAACCUUGGUGUACGGCGUGAUUUGGAAGAAAUGGGCAUACGAGCAGGUCUUCAUCCUAUUACAGAUGAGUUUGGGAGAGCAUACUUGCCUCCAACAUGUUUCUAUUUGGAUAAGAAGGAGAAAGAGUUAUUCUGUAAAAUUCUGAAAAAGGUUAAAGUACCGGAUGGUUAUUCAGCCACAAUUUCGAAGUCCGUGCAUUUGAAACCUCCCAAACUAACCGGACUUAAGAGUCAUGACAAUCACAUAUUAUUGCAGCAACUGUUACCACUCUGUUAUAGAAAACUUCUUCCAAAAUCGGUGCUGUCUCCAUUGAUAAAGCUGUCCAAAUACUUUAGAGAUUUAUGUUGUAAAGCUCUUUGUCCUCGGGAACUACUUCGUAUGGAAAAGGAAAUUGCUGUUGUACUAUGCCAGUUAGAGCGUGUGUUUCCACCAUCAUUUUUUGUUAUAAUGGUGCAUUUGACCGGUCAUUUAGCAACCGAAGCAAGGAUAGCUGGUCCAGUACAUUAUCGCUGGAUGUAUCCGAUUGAAAGCCAACACCGUAAAUUGGUUGAAGAGCAGCAUUUGCGUAGUUCAAGACAUGAAAAGGAGCGAAUUCAUAGUGAGACAUUUGCAAAUUGGUUUGAUAACCAUGUGGAUGAUUUUCUACCCGAGAAUGAAGUUAUCUCAAAAGAUUUGAGAUUAUUGGCCAAGGGUCCAAAUGUUGUGGGUUUGAAGUAUGAGAGAUACAUUGUGAAUGGUUUUAGAUUCCAUACAAAAAAUUUGGAGAGCAAAAGAAAAAAUCAGAAUAGCGGGGUGAUUGUUACUGCAAUAACUUCAAGUUUCGCAAGCACCAAGGAUAUGAAUCCGGUUUCAAGUGACUUGGCCUAUUAUGGUGUCUUAAAGGAUAUUCUAGAAUUGGACUAUGGUGGAGGUCAAAGAGUGGUUUUGUUUGACUGUGAUUGGGUCUCUAAGGGGAAACGAUUGAAACAAGAUGAUGAUGGGUUUACACUUGUAAAUUUUAUGAAUGUGAAGCGCCACCAUGAACCCUUCGUUCUUGCAUCCCAAGUGAAGCAAGUAUUUUACGUGGAGGAUCCUUUGGAUAAGGGAUGGAAUGUUGUUAUUCCAACUGUACCACGAGAUGAUUUGAAGAUGGAUCCUAUAGAUGUUGAGAUGUACUUGCAAAGUCAGCCUUCAAGUAGUCAUCAAAGUGUUAUAUUUGAUGACAUUAAUUGGGUUCGACAAGGUGUCAUAGGAGAAAUAGUUGAUACUACUAGAGUGGCAUCCAGUUCCAAGGGAUGA